AGGGCAAGAAAACCAAAUCCCAUUUUCACAACCCCCUUUGAACUAACUCUUACCACUCCGAUCCACACGUCCACCCCACGCGCCACUCCUCGCCUCACCUUUCUUCGCAUUGAAGACACCGUUUUGGUGAGCCCAGUAAACGAUGACGUCGUGACAUUCCACCCCUCUCAAAACCGCGCCGGAGUUUACAUGUUACCCUCACGUUACGUGCACGUCAGUAAGGGGCAAUUAAAACCCCACUUAAUCACCGUCCAGACUCUUCACUUUCACCAAGCCCCAUCGACGGCGGAGAGUGAAGGUACAGAUGCGGCCGUGGUAGCGGAGAAUCACCCUCCGUGGGGUUUCUUGAUUUGGCGCAAUAUAGCUCAGAGACAACAGAACAAAAGGAUCAGAAGUAAUAAUAAACCAUCUGAUAUUGUCUGCCCUUCAAAACCAACACACAGUGUAGUGAAGCCUCUGUCUCUCUCUCUCAGUCUCACCUUCCUCAUUAGGUUUCUUCUUCUCCAUUUUUGUAGAAUCAAACUAGAAACUAUUUAUAUAGCAGUUUAGGGCAGCGUUGGGGUUGAGGAGGGCAGAUGCAACCGGCACCCGGCGGAAGUGGAGAAGUGACUCGAGGAGGGCUCAGCCGGUUCUGCUCGGCCCCGGCGUCAUGGUUGGAAGCCCUACUUGAGGACGAAGAAGAGGACCCUUUGAAGCCUACACAGUGCCUCACCGACCUUCUCGCCGAUAACUGCGGGGGGCCCACUUCAUCAGUUGGGUUCGGUUCGGAUGUGGUCGGGGAUCCAUCUGGUGCGUUUUUGAGACAGAACAGCUCUCCGGCUGAUUUUGUCGGGAAUUCGAGUGAUGGGUCGGAAGGGUUUUUCUCCGGACGGUUUGGGAUUCCGGCCAGCCUCGACUACGGGUCGACCAACCCCAAUUUCAGCAGCGUUUCUUCGUCUUCUUCUUCGGCUAAUAAGCGGGUUGGGGAGAAAUUGGAGGAAGGUGGAUUUGAGGAGUCAGGGACUUUGAGGAUCAGGGCAAAGAGAGGUUGUGCUACUCAUCCGAGGAGUAUUGCUGAAAGGGUCAGGAGGACUAGAAUCAGUGACCGGAUAAGGAAGCUUCAGGAGCUUGUACCCAACAUGGAUAAGCAAACUAAUACCGCGGAUAUGUUAGACGAGGCAGUGGAGUAUGUGAAGUUUCUACAGAAGCAGAUUCAGGAACUCUCAGAGCAUCAGCGCAGGUGCAAGUGCAUAUCUAAAGAAUAACCAGAGGUAUUCAGAAUUGCACCUACAGUUUAGUGUAAUUAUUAGAUUAUUCAAAUUUCAGCCGAGGUUCGUUAUGAUGGUUGUUGAUUAGAAAAACCUUGUAUUUUUGAGAUACUCUAUAUUCUGUAACAUUCUUCUACAAUAUAUAGAUGUAAGGCCAUACCUAGAA